AUGGAAAAGAUGCGUGGUGAUAUGAUGAUCGAAAUGAAAGAAAUGACAGCCAUGAAAAUCCCUCCAAAGAAACCUCACUUUUUCAAACCAAUUAUGCCAGGUUUCAAGAAUGGCCUUAAAAUUCCUUUAGGUUUCUUGAAGUAUCGGAAGGAUCACGACCAUAUUGAACAUGCAAUACUGAGAAGGGGUAGUAAGAAGUGGCUGGUGAAGGUGAACGGCCGACGUCUAGAAGAAGGUUGGGAAAAGUUUGCAGAGGAGCAUAAUUUGCAAUUGGGAGAUAUAUUGGUGUUCGGACAUGAAGGAGAUAUGGAGUUUGAAGUUUCCAUAUUUCAUUCAAAUCAAUGUGAGAGGGAAUAUGAAGAAGAACAAAAAGUCCAUAAUGUUGAAGAGACUUCCAAGAAAUUUGAAUUCAAAGAUUUAAGGGGAAAUGCAUCUCUUCUGCCGGAAGGAAAGAAGACUAAUUUGCACGCUAAAAGCGUUUCCACUGAAGAAAAAACAAAUCCCAACAUCAUGUCAUCACACGAAGUUUUCCCGGAUGUAGAAGCGACUAAGGACAUGCCUCUGGGUCACCCUCAUGUAAUUACUACUGUCAAACCCUAUUGGAUUUCAAAGUGUUUAAUGCAUGUUCCAAAACUGUUUGCACGCGAAAACGGCCUCAGCAACAGGAAAUGUACAAUAGUGAUAAGAGAUGAGCAAAGGUCAUGGGAAUUUAGGCUGUAUUCCUCUGCUCGAAGCAUUUUCAUUGGAGGUGAAUGGCGUAAAUUUUGUGCUGCUAAUUUCUUAAAGGAAGGAGAUCAUGUAAUGUUUGAGAUAUUUUCCAAGGGAGAGAAACCUAUAUUGAAAUUUUACAAUUUGAGGGGAAAUGCAUCUCUCCAGCCGGGAGGAAAGACGACUAAUUUGCACGCUAAAAGAGUUUCCUCUGAAGAAAAGUCGAGCCCCAGCAUCAAGUCGUCAAACAAGGCUUCUACUGAUGCAAAAGUUGCUGCUCACAAGCCUUAUGGUCAUUCUAAUUUUGUAUGCACUAUUAGACCAUAUUGCCUUACAUAUGGUUUCUUGAACAUUCCUAAACAUUUCGCAUCCGCAAAUGGUCUCAAGGCCAACAUGAAGUGCAGUCUGAUCAUAAGAGAUGAAAGGCAAAAAUCGUGGACUUUAAGGCUAAGUGUUUGCAAAACUCAAGUCUAUAUUGGAGAUGGAUUGCGUAAAUUCAUUGCUGAUAAUUGCUUAAAGGAGGGAGAUCGUAUUAUGUUUGAGACUGUUACUAAUGGAGAGACACCAAUAUGGAAAUUUCAGGUUGUUACUAGUGGGAAAGACUCUGAUGAGGGAAGUAUCAAGAAUAUUGGAGAUGUUUUGGAACCAAGAAUUUUCACUGAGAAUUUUGAAAAUGUAUAUAACUUUAUAAGCUACACGAAAUCUUGUACAUUGUUGGUUAAUUUUGAUUCGAUCAAAAUUUACUUGUCCAUGUUAGCUGACACUGACUAG